AUUCGAGGGUCAAAUUCCUUAUAACGUUCUUACCUACGGUGAUCUAGUAAGUUUCAUCACCACCACAGGAAUAGAACUCUGUACGGACCUUAAGCUUAAACAACAGCUUAAGCAAAACCAUAAAUAUGGUCUGACAACCUUCUGUCACGACUACGGUUUCACGGACCUCAAUGAAAGCAGGAGGCAUAAAAGAAAGCCUCCAAAGCAUCAUAAAAGGCCUUAUCCUAAACGAAAGACUUCCUAUCCCUAUAAGGAAUCAAAUAAACCUCGUCGAAAAACCAGACGCAAGAUUUCCUCAAAAUCCAAAGAUACUUGUUGGACUUGUGGCAAAACAGGCCAUAGAGCCAAAGAUUGCACAUCAGGCAAAAAGAAGAAAAUAAAUCUUCUUGAUUUGACUGAUGAAACCAAAGAAAAGCUCUUCUCUAUAAUGGAAGAUCCCUCCGAAGCAUCUGACUCUUAUUCCUCUUCCGAGGAUGAAUACAGCGACGAAGAUUACAUCAACGCCGCCUACGAGUCUGAUAGCUCCCAAUCCGGACAAGAUUGUGAGUGCAAUAGCACUUUCUGCACCUGCACCCGCAGAACCAUCAAUGUCAUUUCAGACAAACCAAAAGAAAUAUUGUUUGACAUCAUAGAACAUAUCGAUGAUGAAGAACUCCGACAUAAGUAUCUCCAAGAACUUAAGCGUCUUGUGCUUUCUUCCGAUGAAGGCACUUCCAAACCUAAACCUAUUGUUCAGCCUUUCUCCAUGACUAGAGUAAUGGCAAAGUUCAAACCUCCCUCUGAGCCUUCUAUCGCAGACCUCAAAGGAGA